AUGGAGAUUCGAGCAGCCCCCGAAAUCGAUUUUGAGCGUACGCGAAUGGAUGCCCCAGCUCGAAUCUUGCCUGCGUCACCUUCCUAUUUUACUGGGGCUCCUAUGUUCACAGACGACCUCCUCGAGUUAGAGUCUUUAGUGAAUGAAUACGGGCGUGUGCCGCAGGUUGAUCCAGACAAGGCACCACGCAUGGCUUGGUUGCGUUUAAGUCAAUAUCGAGCCAGUAGUGGAGAGCGUGUCAGGGCAUCGAAAUACGCACAAAUCCUACGCCUUCUCACACGGCUCAAUCGAAUACACCCUCAAUUACGACCCGAGGCUGUCAGUGACACCUUGCUAAGAUAUCAAAGACCCGGUGCGGCCAAAAUCCAGCAAGCGACUCCCGGAACGAUAGACGCUUAUGGCAGGUCAAAAGGAGUCGGACGCAGGAAAGAAUCGUCUGCACGAGUCUUUCUUGUCGAGGGCAAUGGCGAGGUUUUGAUCAAUGGAAGAAGCCUUAUUGAUGCAUUUCCCCGUAUACACGACCGCGAGAGUGCCUUGUGGCCAUUGAAGGUCACAAGCAGGAUUGACAAGUACAACGUCUUCGCUCUUGCUAAUGGUGGUGGAGUUACUGGGCAGGCCGAGUCUAUUACACUCGGUCUUGCGAAAGCGCUUCUUGUGCAAGAGCCUGCUCUGAAACCUAUAUUGAGACGAGCUGGUUGUGUCACACGAGAUCCACGACGUGUCGAAAGGAAAAAGCCUGGUCGACUGAAGGCAAGAAAGAAGCCAACUUGGGUCAAGAGAUAG